AUGGGACCCGAUUUCUUGGAAAAACUGAUCUGGGGCGGCGCUUCGGUGCUGGUCGUCUCGUUGAUGUCGGUGGUUGGCGGGCUUUUCCUCCCGUGUCUGAAGGGCAGUACACGGAGGAAAUGGUUCCACUUCUUCAUCGCGAUGGCUGUGGCGACGCUGGCUUCAGAUGCCAUUCUGCACCUACUCCCUGAAGCCAUGGGCGUACACAGUCAUGGAGAUCACGAUCAUCACCAUGACGUCGCGACGAAUCCCGGGCCUCACAGCGCGCCACAUGAUCAUGAAGUUCGAGCAAGGCGGCAGGUGGAAGCGGGACACGGACACAGCCAUGAUCACGGUGAGCAUGGCGACGAACAUGAGGAUGCAGAGCAUGAACACGGAAGUAACGGAAGUCGGCUUGAGGUUGAACACGGGGAGCACAAGCUUCACAGCCAUGUGCACGAGGCCCGAGGCUUCUUCGAGUACACCAAGGAACGAGACUUACUGUGCAAGUUGAGCUCAACGGUGCUGGUGGUGAUAGGGUUGUACUUCCUGGAGUUGAUCUGGGACGUCCACCAGAAAGGCAAGGGGCAUUCGCACAGCGGCAAGCCCGAAAAAGCCGAAAUCUUCUCAAUUUCGGAUGGAGAGGGGCUGGAGCGGGCAGCAACCGGAUUUUCACCUAUGCGGCGAAUGAGUCAGGCCUCGCCUUCAAUGUCACAGCAGUCGGCGAGCGUCAAGGAGACUACAGAUCUCAUCGUCAGCCGACGCGCCUCACAUGUCGUUGACACACGAGCGCCCGUGGUGUGCUGGGGCAUCCGGUCGACGGCGAUGCUCAUUCUGCUAGGUGACGCGGUGCACAACUUCAUCGACGGCAUCGCCAUCGGCGCCGCGUUUGCCGCGUCGACGCAGUCGGGCAUCUCGACGUCGAUCGCCGUGCUGUGCCACGAGUUGCCGCACGAGCUCGGCGACAUGGCCAUCCUGCUGGAAUCGGGGCUGUCGAUGUCCAAGGCGCUGUUCCUCAACUUCUUGUCGGCCCUCACGGCGUUCAUCGGGCUGUUGUUCGGGGUGGCGGCCAUGGAGUUGCAGGCGCUAAUUCCGUGGAUGCUGACGAUAACUGCUGGCAUGUUCCUGUACGUCGCCUGGUUAGAUAUGUUGAACCACCUCCGAGACGGGAUGGGCAAAGCCAAGGAUAUGGAGACGGUGUUGCUACAGGUGCUCGGCUUCGUGUGCGGCUUCCUGAUCAUCUUCCUGAUCGGCUGGUUCGAGCACGAGCUCGGCGCCCAU